AUGAGCAGGAGAAAUACUCGCAAUCUGGCAAUUACUAGAAAUGAUAGCACAGUAUUCAAUGAAUCCAUUGAAACAGUAGCUAUGUCAAGUAGUCAAAAUCAAGAGACUCAAAGCCUUGACAUGAACAUAGACCCACAAACAAAGACAUAUAUAGAUGCGGUAAUUCAAACAACAACUGCAUCUGUAAUGCAAACUAUGCAACUGUAUAUGGAAUGUCAAUUCAAAUCUCAGAGGGAUUGGAACACAAGGUGCAUGAAGACAAUCAACCAAAGGUUUGCUCAAUUGGAGCAGAUGAAUCUACAGAACAACAGGAACGAUAGCAACCAGAGCAACAGCAACCAGAACAAUGACAACCCGAACAAUAGCAACCAGAACAACAGCAACCAGAGCAGCAAUACUAGUCAGCCCACAAUAGAAAUUGACCAGCAGAAUUCAGCUGAGGUACAAAGAAUCACAGGAAUUUCACAAGGUAAUUACCCUCCAUCCCCGGUUAUUAAUGAAUUGAUAGCAAGAGUUAGUCUAGAAGGUCAGGAGCACAAAAUAAUGGAUAAGACUA